AGGAUCGCUGUGUGCAUGGGCUGUACGAGUGGCAGCAGAAGAACAACACGGGUGCAGAGUUUAUUCUGCACGACGGCCCGCCUUACGCCAACGGACCUUUACAUCUGGGACAUGCGCUCAAUAAGAUCACCAAAGACAUUGUCAAUAGAUACAAAUUGAUGACCAACCAUCGUGUCACAUAUGUUCCCGGAUGGGACUGCCACGGACUACCCAUUGAGCUCAAAGCCAUGGAAGCGAAGAAGAAGUCCAAUAAGAAAGCCAAGAUCUCGACAGAUACAUCGCCCAUAGCCAUACGCGAGACCGCACGCGAUUUGGCGGCAAACACCAUAGUCAAUCAGAUGGCAGGAUUUGUCCGGUGGGGAGUGCUGGGUGACUGGCAAAGACCCUAUCGUACAAUGACCAGUGACUAUGUGGACACACAAUUGGGCCUGUUCUAUGCGAUGUAUGAGAAGGGAUACGUCUACCGAGCUUACAAACCUGUGUAUUGGUCGCCAUCGUCGCGCACUGCACUCGCCGAGGCUGAGCUGGAAUAUGUGGAUGACCACGUCAGUCCAUCCAUCUACGUCAAGUUCCCGUUGGUGCGUACCCCCAAGGCGUUGCACGAUAAAGACAUGGCCGGACACGGUGCCGCGUCGCUUUUAGUAUGGACGACCACCCCCUGGACCAUGCCAGCUAACAGGGCUGUGUGUGUGCGCAGAGACAUGCAGUACAGUCUACUGAAGUGGGACAAUGAGGCCUGUUGGGUGGCUGCUAGUCGCGUGGAGGCGAUGGUGGAUGUCUUGGGUAUUCGCGAGAAAGAUUUCAAGGUGAACGGCACAUGCCUGGGCACUGAUUUGGAAGGGGCUAAGUAUAGGCACCCCAUCCACAGUGAUAUGGAAUGUCCGGUUCUGUUGGGAGAUCACGUGACCGAUGACUCGGGGUCCGGACUGGUGCAUACAGCGCCCGCCCAUGGCGUGGACGACUUCGCCGUGUGUGGGGCCAAUGGCAUUCAUUUGGGCGAUGAUGAGGAUGUCGACUGGGCCGGACGAUUCACAGCUAACGCAGGUCCCGAUUUGGAGGGCAAAGAUAUACACAAGCAGGGGACAGAUGAUAUCAUCUCCAAACUGAGCAACGACGGUCUCCUGCUGUCACAUGUGCCAUACAAACAUAGAUAUCCGUAUGAUUGGUAUGUUGCUCUCACGAAGGAUUGGAGGACAAAGAAACCAGUCAUUCAACGCGCCACCAAGCAAUGGUUCGGCCGAGUUCACUCAGGCCUGGGAGAUCUGGCGCUGGAGUUGCUGAAGGGCGUGACCUUUGUACCAAGUAUGGGCCGUUCGCGUCUCAGUGCGAUGGUCAGUGGCCGGCGCGACUGGUGCCUAAGCCGACAGCGGGUGUGGGGAGUGCCCAUCCCGGUAUUCUAUAACGGGACCACCGGUGACGAAAUAAUGGAUGAAAACAUAGUACGACACGUGCGUGCAUUGAUCCGCGAGCACGGGAGUGACUGCUGGUUUACUAUGACUGUGGACGAUCUAUUGCCUGAGGCGUUCAGGGGACAAGGACUGGUGAAAGGUCAUGAUACCAUGGAUGUGUGGUUUGACUCCGGCAGUAGCUGGGCGAGCGUGGUCAACCCCGAAAGUGGGCCUCAGGUGGCGGAUCUAUAUUUAGAAGGCAGUGACCAGCACAGGGGCUGGUUUCAAUCGUCGCUGUUGAUCUCUGCUGCUGUUCAGAAUGCGUCGCCAUACAAAGCAGUGCUUACGCAUGGCUUUGUCCUGGACGAGAAAUCCAAGAAAAUGUCAAAGUCUCUCGGAAAUGUCAUUGCACCAGAAGUUGUUGUUGAAGGUGGCCAAGUACAGGGCCAAAAAAUACCCGCCGGAGGUGCGGAUGCGUUGCGAAUGUGGGUCUCAUCAGCCGACUCGACUGGCGAUGUCAGUGUGGGUGCAUCGGUCCUAAAACAAAGUUUAGGACAGCUAAUGAAAAUCAGGAAUACAGCCAGGUUUUUGUUGGGAAAUCUGGCGGAUUUCCACGGGAACAGGGAUGCCGUGCCUUAUGCGGAGAUGUUGGACAUAGACAAGUACAUGCUGCACCGCUGUGUUUUCUUUGCGAACGAAGUGACGUCCCACUACGACGCAUACGCACUCCACCGUGUCACGCAGGCGACCAUGAAGUUCGUUAACCUGGAGCUAUCCGCUUUCUACUUUGAUGUCAUUAAGGAUAGGCUGUACACCGACAGGGAGACGGGCGCGCGCAGAAGGUCUGCACAGACAGCACUCUACCACACUCUCAACACUUUGACACGGGCCAUAGCACCCAUCCUACCGCAUCUGGCCGAUGAGGUUUGGCACCACAAUAUCAGCUCGCCCAGCCAUCAGCACAGCAUCUUCAAGUCUGGAUGGCUGGCAUGUGAGGCGAACUGGAAGAGUGCGGACCUACAGAGCAGAUGGGAUAUUGUCAAAAAGUUGACCAGUCAUGUGAACAGAUCGCUAGAAUCCAUGCGAAAGGAAUCACUGAUUGGCGGAGCACUCGAUGCGGAAGUGACUAUCACUGGCCCUCCAGAGCUGAUUAGUUUGCUGCAGACUUGUAGUGACGGUCACCCAAUCGGUGCGGCUUCUUAUCUGUCUGGACUCAAUGACGCCUUCCUUGUGUCCUCAACAACUCUACUGGAAGGGGAGGUAGCAGAGAGCAGCACACCGCAAGAAACACCACAGACACGUGUCACCACUGUAGACCUCGCUGACAUACAUCCAUCUCUGACUGGGCGGUGUGUGGUCACAGUGUCGGCUGCACAAGUGUCGCCACCAACCGAUGAGGAAAAGACUCACACUUCAGAGAAUGCACAAAAACUGUCCAAAUGCAAGCGCUGCUGGAAGGUAGCUGCUAGAGAUAGCGCUGACGUGUGUGUACGCUGCUCCGAUGUGCUGAACAAACAGUGGUGGUGUCCUCGGUAGGGCUAUGGUAUGUUUUGCCACAAGUGAUGAAAGCAGAGCACUCCUAAGCAGUCUACAAACCAAUAAAUAGUAUAGCAGAUGAUG